UAUUCCAAAGUAUAUUCACUUUAACCAUGUUUCACUUUAUGAACAAAAGGGGUAAGUAAGUUAGUGGGUCCCGUAAGUUGGGCGAAUUGUAUAAUGCUCUAUGUAACCACAAAGCAUUCGAAAAUUCAUAUUUGUGUGUGUUUUGAAAUUAUGUGGACCAUCAAUAUCAUUGUAUUCCUCUUUGAAGCUAAAAAAAAUAUUGAAAUUGGAGAUAUCAUGUAUUCUUCAAAUUAGCUGGUACAAUUCAUGGUUUCGAAAUGACCCCUUAAUUCUUUUGCAAUGUUUCGCGAUUUGACCCCCAACUUUCGUGUCGCUUCCUCAUGAUAGAUUUGCAAUAUCCAUUGUGCUCAUUUUAACAUAUUAUCCCAAUCUUUACCUAUUUUAUGUCAUUGAUGCUCAAAGUACUUCAUCGUUCUAAACACAUGUGUUGCAAAAAAAGAUUUGCAAUUGACAUGCCACAAACUUCGUUGGGAUUUGUCGUCAUGCACCAGCUUCGUUAUCACGUGCAAGACUCUAUUAUAGUUGAUUGUGCUCCACCCAAGUAGUGCCUCCCAAAUUUUGUAUGUAUAACAUCAUGUUCGAAAAUUUUCUCCACGGUUGUUGUAAAUUCGUGGAUUGGUUUAUUGUACAUGAUGUUGCAGAAAAUCAUUUGAGCAUGUAAAGUAAAAAUAAUCGAAUGAGUCUCGUAAAUAGUAUGUGUUGUCAAUCAUAAUCACUUUAAGGAAAACUUGUUUCCAUAGCUAAUGCAUAAAAUAGAAAAUUUUCGUAAAGCCGCUUUCAAAGACACGCGCCAGGCGUGUAAACGAAAACCAAAAGAAUUAACGGCGAGGGGUAAUAAGGGAAAUCAUUUAAGCACACAUCAAACGGAAAGAGGAGAACCCCAAACGAAGAAGACGAAGGAUUGAAUAACGCGCCGAGUCGAAACGAGGCAAAGCAGAAGCUGCGGAAGCGAGUGAAGGAGAAAAGCGAGUGGCAGCAUUCCAUUAGAUCUGGAAAAACCCUAAUUUUUUCCCUGUCCCUUCUCUCUAACGCGCUCUGUGUCCCUCACUCGCCUCUUUGCGGUUCACUGCUUUUAUUUCGCGCGGAUUCCUCCCUCCGAAGAAUCGCUUUGAGGUUCCUUUUCUCUCUCUCUCACUCUCUCUCUUCUCAAGCUUCUGGUUUCCUUUUCUGGUUUUGCUGUUUGGUUGCUGGGAAUAUGGUGAACGAGAAGUGGUCACCUUGCUUUGAUCGGAGUAGUAGUGUAUACUUGUUGCAUCAUGAUACUGACAUAACUGUACACGCGGGUCUCGAUUGGGUGACCGAAUUCCCCCUUCGCCUUCGACUCCUUUUGAGAAUGGAGGAAAAAAACUGAAAAUUGAAAAGCUUGGCUGAGCUGGGUGUAUGAGAAUACUUGUAAAGAUGCAAUUCUGGAGGUGCCAGCUUCAGCUUAUGCUGAAAGAGGCAGGCAUAGGUAGAAACUAGGAAGUAAUGAUCUUUUCACGUUGGUGGAAUAGGGUUUGAGAACAUUCGACUUGUCAUAUCCCACAUUCUUUUCCGGCAGAAUGAUCCAGUCUGGUGGAAACGCUGUUCUUUUUGCGGUUUAGAUGAGCUGUUUGGAUCAUGUUCGUUACUGAUAGCUGCUUAUGGUGAUUGUUCAUGUAAUGUGUUGCUAUGAUGCUUACUUUACUGCCGUUUCUCUCGGUUUGGGUUUGGUUUUCGACCUUGUGAUGUUGUGCUGGAUUCACUUGAUUAUGAAUCCUGUUCUUAUUCACUUCAUACUUAUAUUCAGGUGUCUGACUAGUAGCAACAUGAUAAGUGAAAACAUUUCUGUCGACUAAGCUUGAACCUGUGGCAACUGAUUUCAGUUACCAUGAUGUAUGGAUCUUUAGUGGUAUAAUACCAAGGGAUUGGCUACUUCGACUCUGAUGCUAUCUCUAUUUAUCAUUUUUCAGGUGAUAUAACCGAGGCAUUUACUAAAGUUCCUUGUUAAUUCAUCCCAUGGAUAUUGAUCUGAGGUUGCCUUCGGGUGGGCUUGAUAAGGAAGAUGAUGAAACAAAUGGAAUUGAUCAUAUGUUAAACGAAGACAAGCUGCAUAGUUCAGAGGCAGAGACUCUAACCAUGGUUAAUGUUUCAGAAGAUGUACAUGCUACAGGUGGUGGAAAUGUAAACUCCCCAAUGAGAGCCACUGAAAACAAAGAAGGAACAAAUCUUGAACCGCUUUCUGGCAUGGAAUUUGAAUCGCACAGUUCAGCAUAUGCAUUUUAUCAGGAAUAUGCUCGGUCCAUGGGGUUCAAUACUGCCAUACAGAACAGUCGUCGCUCAAAGACAUCUAGGGAAUUUAUUGAUGCAAAAUUUGCCUGUUCCAGGUAUGGAACGAAGAGAGAGUAUGAGAAGUCUUGUAACAAACCACGCUCUAGGCAGGAAAAGCAGGAACCUGAAAAUGGAACCAGCAGAAGAUCAUGCUCAAAGACCGACUGCAAAGCAAGCAUGCAUGUCAAGAGAAGGCCUGAUGGAAAGUGGGUCAUCCAUAGUUUCGUGAAGGAGCACAACCAUGAUCUCUUACCUGCCCAGGCUGUGAGUGAACAGACAAGAAAUAUGUACGCUGCAAUGGCUAGGCAAUUUGUUGAAUACAAGAACGUUGUUUGCCUCAAGAAUGACACCAAGAGCCCAUUUGAUAAACCUCGAUCUUCGGUACUAGAAGCUGGAGAUGCUAAGUUUUUGCUUGAUUUCUUAACACAAAUGCAGAGUUUAAAUUCCAACUUCUUUUAUGCGGUGGACAUAGGUGACGAUCUACGUCUGAAGAACUUGCUUUGGGUCAAUGCUAAAGGUAGGCAUGACUACGUCAAUUUCUGUGAUGUUGUCUCCUUGGAUGCCACCUACAUGAGAAACAAAUAUAAGAUGCCUCUUGUUCUCUUUGUUGGAGUGAACCAACACUAUCAAUUCUUGCUGCUUGGAUGUGCUCUGAUAUCAGAUGAGAGCUCAGCAACAUAUUCCUGGCUUAUCCAAAACUGGCUUAGAGCAAUGGGUGGGCGGGUGCCUACUGUUAUCAUCACUGACCAGGACAAAACAUUGAACUCGGUUAUUCCGCAUGCCCUUCCUGGUGCUCGUCAUUGCUUUUCUUUGUGGAGCAUUUUCGGGAAGGUUUCUGAGAACUUGGGUGAUGUGAUUAAACAGCAUGACAACUUCAUUAAAAAAUUCGAAAAAUGUGUCUUCAGGUCAUGGACAGAGGCAGACUUCAUCAAGAGGUGGUGGAAACUCCUUGAUAGAUUUGAGCUCCAAGGGAACGAGUGGAUGCAACCAUUAUAUGAAGAUCGUGAGAAAUGGGUGCCAUUGUACUUGAAGGGUGUUAAUUUGGGCGGAAUGUCCACAGUUCAGAGAUCUGACAGCGUGAACUCGUACUUUGACAAGUUUGUGCACAAGAAGAGCACUGUACAAGAGUUUGUGAAACAGUAUGAAGUUGUUUUAAUGGAAAGGUACGAGGAAGAAGCCAAAGCAGAAUCUGAUACAUGGAACAAGCACCCCGCUCUGAAAUCCCCUUCCCCAUUGGAGAAGAGUGUUUCAGGGUUGUACACUCUUGCCGUCUUCAAGAAAUUUCAAGUUGAAGUGUUGGGCGUAGUUGCUUGCCAUCCUAAACUGGAGAGUGAAGAUGAAACUAGUGUCGUUUUUCGAGUUCAAGACUUGGAGAAGCAGCAAGAUUUUUCUGUCAUGUGGAACCAAUUGAGAGCGGAAGUUUCUUGUAUUUGUCGACUACAAGAAUAUAAGGGUUAUCUGUGUAGGCAUGCAUUGGUUGUUUUGCAGAUGUGUCAGCAAUCUGCUGUCCCAUCUCGUUAUAUAUUAAAACGAUGGACCAAAGAGGCAAAGAGCAGGCAUCUUAGUAUGGGUGAAGAAGAAUCUGAGCAACUACAGUCUAGGAUGCAAAGGUACAAUGACUUGUGUCAAAGAGCAUUGAAAUUGAGCGAGGAAGGGUCAUUUUCACAAGAGAGUCAUAACAUCGCCCUUCGUGCUGUUGAAGAAGCUUUUGGAAAUUGCUUAAGUGUCAACAAUUCUAGCAAGAGUGUCCCGGAUGCGGUUACAUCAACUGCACAUGGUCUUCUCUGCACCGAAGAUGAUAACCAAAGUAGGAGCAUGAACAAGACUAAUAAGAAAAAGAACCCUACUAAAAAAAGAAAGGCUGGGUUGGAGCCGGAGAUUGCAACAGUUGGGAUAGAAGACAGCAUGAUGGAAAAGUUGAACUCUAGAGCUGUAUCACUGGAUGGCUUUUAUGGGUCACAACAGCCUGUGCCAGGGAUGGUUCAUAACUUCAUGGAACGUUAUUAUCAGCCGAGCAUACAAGGGCAGGGACAAAUGAACUCACCCCUAGCGCAAACCCAUGAUGGUUAUUUCAGCUCCCAGCAAGGCCUUCCUCAUCCUCUGGGGGUAGAUUUCCUCAACAGAACAAUUGGUUAUUCUUUCGGAAUCCGGCAGGAUGAUUCUAAUGUGAGAACAUCGCAAGUACAUGAUGAUGCAUCCAGACACGUGUAGAAAAAAGACGACAGAGAAGCUGAAUAUGAAUGGUGCAAGAACAUAAGUCUGUAUAUUCUAGAUCAGAGGGUGUCCAAUGAUAAGGUGUUUCUGUUCAUGCCGUCUGCCUGAAUAAGAUGAUUUAGAGUUAUACUUGCAUCUUAUCUCUAAUCGUAGUUGUAAAGCUUGUUUGUAAUGUUGUAUCCUGAUUGUUACGUUAAUGGAAAUCAUUGAAUGUGUUAAGAGUAGAUGUUGUAUUUGCAUUUGCCUCAAUUUUUUCUAGUAGGGUCAAAAGAACAUGAGCGAGUUUUCUCUGCGAAUUUUGUUGUACAAUCAAGUCUUUUUUCUAAUAAGACAUGAAUUUUUUACACCGGAUCUCUUUUCAUUCGAAGAAAAAUUGUGUUUGAAGAUUCUCAAUUUGCAAAAUAGUCUUUGCUCCAUUAUUCUCUACAUUGAGAUCGACUAGUGAUCGACUGAUAAACAAUGUUUCUUGCCAGUAGUUUUUACCCGUUUUUGCCAUUUUUCUAACCAUUCAACAAUGUUGUGACUAUUGGGUGGGGAAAAAAGUUUAGUAUGCGCCCUUCACAUACUCAACGAAACUUGUACGAAACUUGUAGGGUAAAACUUUUAGAGUUUCAUUCAGAAUGUGAAUUUCUGCAUAUCUUAUAUUUAUGCUAUACAAUAUAGGAACAUAUUUUUAAAAACACCGCAUUUACGCAUUUACGAUAAAUGUUGUUGAAUUACAAUAAAUAUUUAGAUGUUUGUUCUCAUUUUCCACGAGUGCGAUCCAAUUGACAAUUAUCACCUCUACCACCAACUCAUAGGGAUGGCAAUAGAUCCCGAUGGAUGAGCAGAUAACGCAUAUACAUUACCCUACUCAAAAUAGUUUGGGUUUAACCUUUACCAAUACACAUACAAGAAUCGGGCAGAUUAUCAAAAUCAUAUGCAUAUCUGAUUGGGUUGCGGAUAUCCAAGAUUAUCCAUGGAUAAUAAUUUCUUUUUAUAAAUUCAACCAAAAUGUUAAAUGUUGACACUACAUAAGUGAAAAAACAAAAAAGUAAAUGAAAAUUAGUUAAAAAUAAUACAAUUUCACUAAAAUAUGAUAUAUGCACAAUAAAUAUAAAAUAUGUUGAGAAAAUAAUGAUAUUUUUAAACAAAAUACAUAAAUAAGCAUAUAAUCGGUGGGUUUGGGUUGGAUAGUGAAAAAAUCAUACUCACUCAUCAUUCGUAAUCUUCACUUACGAAUUUUAUCCAUAUCGAUUAAAAAUUCUUCGUGUUCGCAUUUUACCCUACUCAAUUACUCAAAGUAUAAUCAGUAAAGUCUAGAUUGGAUA